AUGGGUUCAUAUACAAACCCAAUAAUAGUUCGUGCUGCUCUUAAUGCCAAAGUGACGUUUGAAACAACUAAUGGUGGAUAUUAUACAUUGCGCAUUGCAAAUUCGUCCAAUAUACAAGUAAAAGGUCCAUUCACUUUACGAAGUGGGACUGGAUAUAACCUCGACUGUGUCAAUUGUACUAACGUUACAGUUUCAAAUUUUAUGAUAUACAAUUCGACGAAAUGGGCGAUUUCAGUGACUGGAAUUAACAUUGUGGUCAGUAACAAUUUUAUCAGUGGAUGUAUGUUAAUAACAGAAAACUGCACAAAGUCUUUUUCUGCGCAGUGUGUUAAAACCAAUGCAAUAGUACCCAAUAUACCAGUUUUAUCUUCUGAUGUCACCUUUGAAAAUAAUGAAAUAGAGUAUUCCUGGGGAAUGGGAAUUGAUAUCAUCUUGUGCACAAAUUGUGUAGUGAGAAACAAUUAUUUGCAUGACAUCACUGCAAACGCAAUUUAUAUUGACAAUGCUCACAACGUCGUUGUUGAAGGGAAUAGAAUCACAAGUUCUCAUACUAUGGUCUGUGGUGGGGAGACACAUUUCCAUGCCAUUUCAAUAGGAAAUGAAGAUUGGCCUCCACAGGUGUUAGCCACAACAAAUAUCACAGUAAGAAAUAACUUUAUUUGGGGAUCGAUGUUUGGGAUUGCAUAUUGGGGAUGGAGUACUGAAGCGUACUAUAAAGACAUCACAAUUACACACAACACACUUUUCAAUUUGAAAUCAGCAGGUCUUGCUUUCCAGGCAGCUUGUAAAGUCAGAGGAAAAACAAGCAACAAUCAGUUCAAAAACAAUUUCAUUUACACGAAUUAUAAUUACUAUGCGGCAAGAGUCAAUGAGACCGACAUACAAUUUUGGAAUAUUUCGGAUAAUGUAUACUUCGCGGGGUAUAAUAACAUUUUAAAGGAUUCAUGGAACGGAACAGACGGAAAUACACAUUCACUACAUUUCAAAGAUAAUGAAAGCUCGCCAAUGAACUUUUGGGGUGGUGGAAUCUAUGGUAAUUGUACCAAUGAAAGUUAUUAUAAGUGGGAUGUUGCGACGUAUUGUUUUAUACCGAAUGAAAAAUCAGUGUUGUAUCACAAUGGAGUACUUGCUACUUACACUGAUUUAGACGGAAAAAUACUAAAGGAUUAUUUUGGGUGCUCAAGAAGUAGAAUAUACCCAAGUAUUGGGUUUGCUGAAGGUGUAGAAAUGUGUAACAUAAAUGGUGACAAAUAUACAAUGGUUAUACUUAUUGUUGUAUUAGUACUACUUUUUGUGUGA